AUCUGCGCCUCUUCACUAACACUCGCGUUAUCUCCCUGGCAAUCUUUCGCUUCCAUUGACGGCCUUUGAGUCUUCUUUCCCGACCAUAACCCUGCCUGGCAUGUCGCGGAGGUCAAAGUGCUCCGGCAAUCAAAGGGUGAAGUCUGGUAUAGUAGUAUCAAGGCCAAAGCACAUCAGUAUGGCACAUCCCGUAGCUCAGAUGCAUCAGACGUCAGAACUCAAAACGAGUCUCGAGCUGGACCACCCUCAGGACUCAGCGAAGAAAGCGGACUCAAUCCAAUGGGCACCGACGGCUCGUGCCCCAACUCGGGAGCUACAGCGGAUAGCCUCGCACCCUCUGCCAGCAACUCCGCCCCCUGAUUCGAACUUUGAGGCAGCGAGCCACUUCAUUGACGGCGUUGGAUGCCACUUCCCCGCCAUGUUGCCAUCCAGCAGAGCAGAAUCGCUCACCAUGGAAAGUGAGAGCGCAACGCAAACAAGGGCUACGCACCGGGCGGCCUCGGCACCCCCCCGUUCAUCGGAUACUGGCUGCACUUUCGUGCUUGGGGACACCCAUCGAUUUGGCUUCCCCUCCCCUGGGGCUCCAGCAUGGUCGUUCUGGUUCCGAGAUCCGUUUGGACCUGUCUACCCUUUGACUCCAGGUCUUAAUCCUGAUCGCAAACGGACCUCGAGCCCUCCGGUUACUCCUCGCCCGACCAAACAAGCGAAAACCGAGGCACAUCAGGCUUAUGAGGGCACGCAGGAUGGGUUGUGUCGAGAAGGAUCGUUUUCUUGCGACAACGCAACGCCCAGCCUUUGGCAUGCGAGACAGCUCACCAUCAAUCUGGCUGAGGCAGCAGCCUAUCCAGUCGCCAGUCUGGAAGUCGGUCAGGGGAGCUUCGCCGACGCCAUGAGUUCAGCUCACACUACGGCUUGGUCCCGUCAGAGCGGCCAUGCCCAUGAAGUUCCACACUGCCCGAGUUUCAUAAGUCCAGAGACCAGUCAAGCGAACGGAGCUUUUGGUUUGACGAGGUGGAACAAUAAUCCACGAUAUGCCAUCGAAGCCCAGUGCUUCUCGGAAGACGAGAUUAGUGAACGCCUGGCGCAGCUCCUGACCGCAUACCGAGCGUUCUACCUCGAGCCUGACGAAGCACAGCCACCAAGACCACGAGACGCGGAUCGUGCGCGACGAAGCCGGCAUAUCUUGCGGACCAUCUUCGCACACCAGCUGAACUCGGCCGGAGGGGAAGAGUUCCUUUUGCAGGAAGAGGAAGAGGACAUCUUGGAUGCAUUCCUGCUAUGGAUCCGCGAGAAGCAGACUGCCUCUGCUUUGGACCGGAAGGCUUUUGACAAUCUCCCAGAGUGUCUUGAGCACUUCAACACCCUCGUACUAAGCCCCUUCGUCAGAUACAUUAUGUAAGCAAUAGUUGAGACCUCCUGUGCCGGCGGCAGCUAACAGACCCAGGCUGUCUGCCGCCACGAAGCCUCAUGGCUCACUUCUCACGAUGCAAGUUGCGGGUGCUGGGUUUGACGAUAUCCUUGAGUGGGAAGUUGACGACAUCCGCGGCAUGCUGGAUGUCAUGUUUGAGAUAGAGCAGAUUGAGAUGUAAUCAGUCACAUGGAAAGAAUCUCACUGAGACCACGACGGGAUGCGCCAAAAGGGCAAUGAAAGAUCGGGAGAGAAGGGAGGAAGGAGGCAUGGAGGCCGGCUUGUUAUUACGUAGCUCUUAGCAGAACUGAGUGGUUCACCAGAUCGGCGAGUAUUGCCGUCGAGAGUUUAGGCGAGGUAUCGCUUCAAGCUGCCCAUUCAGUUGAAACCAGGUCUGAGACUCGACGAAC